CGGCCAGAGGAAGCUUUUUAUAACCUCGGGCUCGACGCUCUUGCGUUUGCAUCCGGUGCGCGCGCGCAGGCACGCAUGGAGCGUGCUGGGGGAGGAUGGUCAGCAGGGAGGAGCGGGCUCGGCAAGGAGUGAGGGCGGGCGGCCUCCGGGGCUCCUUGAGCCGCCGCCGCCACUACUACCACCGACGGCAGCGCCAUGUACCGUACCAGUAGCGUGUCUUCCUCCAGCCGGUCCAAAGAGAGCAGUAGCUCGGGUUCGCGCAGUUCCCGCUCCGGUGCCUCCGCUUCGACGCGAGGCCGGAGCCCGCGCCGCUCACGUUCGCGCUCGCCUUCCCCGCGAGGCCGCCGGAACCGUUCGCCGUCCAGCAGCCGCUCUUCUCGCCGCUCGCCGUCCCCGCGCCGCAGUAGUCGGAGACGUUCCCCAGGCCGGCGCUCACGUUCCCCAGGCCGGCGCUCACGUUCCCCAGGCCAGCGCUCACGUUCCUCAGGCCGGCAUUCUCCAAGUCGACAUUCUGAGUCUUCAGUGGAACAGAAUUUACGGAUCACAGUUGGCAAUGACCGUUACGGCAUUGACACACCUGAGAGAAAGAGAAUAUCUGAUAGACUAGGCUCACCAGUUGAUAGUCUGAGUGAUUUGGACAGGGAUGACUUGGCUGAUGGUCCAAUAUUUAACAGAGGCCUUUCACGUCCUCGAAGCCUUGAGCGAUAUCCCUCCUGUGAGGAAAAUGCUUCUAGUCCUUUCAGUAUGAGACAUAAUGAGGACUCUCACAGUAGGGAUGUUUUCCUCCACCAAUCAGACUAUAGCAUGAACUAUGACCAUCUACAGGAUCUCCCAAGGGAAACUGAUAGGGAUGGUAUACCACUUAGGAAAUCCUUGUAUUCAUCAGAGGAUAGAGGGCGAGAGCCCAAACGUCCUCGAUAUGACAGAGACGACAGACUAAUUGAUAUGAGCAUAGAGCCUCAGGGUUUCUUGCCAGGGACACGGAACUACCGUAAGCGAAGUCCUAGUAGGAGCCCAAGGCCGCCAGAUCUGGAUUUCCGCGAGCUUGAAAGUGCUAGGAGAAAAAGAGAAGAGGAGCUGAGCAGAAAUUUGAGUCGGGAAUUGCCUGGACAUGGUUAUAUGAUCCCUGACAGGAGCAACCCACUGCAGUCUUCUGAACCUCGGUAUCUCUAUAGACCGGAUGAAGCACCAGCAAUGCCCAAAAAGUCCAUCUUGAAGAAACGCGUGGACGAUCCUUCUGUGCAGCCUGAAGUCUUUUCCAGCAGUUCUGCCUCUGUCAAAGAGCCUCCCCUUAUUACUGAUCAUCCUCCUUCGCAGAAGCGUAGCAGCAUUGCUCCCUUUUCAUCUGAGGUAGAGAAUUUCCUCAAACAGUUCAACAAAAGUGCAGAGUCUCAAGGCAGUAUGCAUAAUUGGAAACUAAAUUCUGGCCAACAGCAAAACACUUCCCCCUUCGAACAGAAUUUCGGCAGUUUUUUGAAACAGAAAGACUAUCAUGAGCCCAUAUCAGAGCCUGAAGACCGGCACAAUGACUUCUUACUUCCUCAUGAAAGAGCCAGUCAGGACGGGAGUGGCUUUUCACGCAUUCUUGGUAUGAUGGCAGAUUCUACCAGUGCUCAGGAAAAGAGAAGGCGUGGCUUCCCUAACAUUGAGGAUGAAGAGAAGUUUCUUUAUGGUGAUGAUGAAGAUGACUCUACCAUUAAUUUCCCCCCUACUCAAAAGCCAACACUUAGUAUUGGUAAAGAACCUGAAAGCCUGAAAGAAAGCUCUCCACCUCCUGCUAAUCCUUCUGUAAAACCUGAAAAAUCCAGACCAGAGUAUGAGAAAAUUCAUAACUUGCUGAAAACUAUUGGUCUUGACAUUGGGGUGGCUGAAAUUGGUAAGCUUGCUGCCCGCACUCAGGAACGACUCCAUGGGAAGAAAACAUCUCAUUCUCCUGAUCGUCAUUCAGUAACGUCUCAUAAAUUGGAAUCUAGGGAGAGGAGUCGCAGUCGUAGUGACACUUACUCUCCAGAAUCGAGGCAUCACUCUCUCUCACCCUCUGGUUCUGAGCACACAAAAAGCGUAACUGUAGGGCGAAAUAAUCCCACUCCCAUACCAGAACAGUCUGUUCCCCCAAUAUCUCUAAUGCCGUCGGCUCCACCUCUUCCUAAUUUGUCUUCUACUUCCACUUCGGUUUCCCGGUAUAGAGUUUCUCGCUUUUCACCAUUCACUGCAACUCAACUGCCACAAAACUAUCCAUCUCCCACAAUGCCCCCUCCUGGUUAUGAUGCAUAUGGACACUAUAUGGCAUAUGCAGCAUCUGGCUGGCCCAUGUAUGCGUCUCCUCAGCAGGCUGACCCCACACUUUCAGAUGUACAGGGGCUUGUCACACUGACAGUACCACCAAAACCCGCGCGACCCAACCUCCGAGUAAUUGAGACGGUUUCCACAGACAAAGGGACUCCUGAUACCAAGAGAGAUGACUCUGUGCUUGUACAAAUCCCUGGUGCUACGACUUACUCAAAAUUAUCCCCUCAGUUUUCUCAGCAUUUUCUUCAAAGUGUUAAAGAAAGAAUAUCUGAUGAAAGAAAUCGGGCUUCUCAGAAGCUAAAGGUAAUGGAGGAAAGAGAGAAGUUGAGGUCUGAACAGGAAGCACGACAGAAGAAACUGCACUAUCUCAGGACUGAAUUAGAUCGACUUUCAAAACAGCAAGGAGAGAUGCUGCGGAAAAAACGUAGGGAGAAGGAUGGACACAAAGACCCUUUGCUAAUAGAAGUGAACAGACUACAGGAGAACAUUGUGAAAGAGAUUUCUCAGCUGAAGUUACAUGCAGAGGCUGCAGAGAAGAAACAAUCUGAGCUUGACAAAGUAGCUCAGAUCCUGGGUAUUCAUAUAUUUGAGAAGUCCCGGAAGCAAUCUUCAGAAAUUAAGGACUCAUCAGAAAAAAACUCAUCAGAAAAAAACAAGUCAGAAAAUGCAAAAGGUCAGGAGAAAACUUCCAACUCAGUCAAGGAUUUAAAAACUAAUGACAAACCUGAGUGCAGGAGCCCCAAGUCUACAGAAUCUCAUUUUCAGCCAUCCAAACAGCAUUCCCAGGAAAUCAAUAUUUAUGACUAUUAUGACACGGGAAACCACUGGUGCAAGGACUGCAAUACCAUCUGUGGGACCAUGUUUGAUUUCUUCACACAUAUGCAUAAUAAGAAGCACAGGCAGACCUUGGAUCCAUAUAACAGACCUUGGGCUUUGAAGACUGAAACUGAAACAAAGCAAAACCUUACAAAACGCAUUGACAAGAUACCAGUUCCUGCCAAAGGUUCUGAAUUUCUAAUCCCAGUCACUGGAUAUUACUGUCAGCUGUGCCAAGAAUUUUUUGGAGAUCAGAUAUCAGCAGAACAACAUGUGAAAAAUUACCCACAUAAUGAGAAAUAUAAGAAAUAUGUGGAUGAAAAUCCACUCUAUGAAGAGAGAAGGAACAUUGACCGUCAGGCAGGAUUGUCUGUGAUUCAAGAAACAGAACGCCGGUUGAAACGGAAGUUGUGUGAAAAGCAAAAAGAAGAAAGAGAUGAAAAAGCAGUGAAAGUGGCAAGGAAAGAGGAACCAAAAAGUAAUGAGGAACCAAAGAAUUCCAAAGAACAAGGAGAUGGGGAUAAUGAAAAUGAGUCUAAUAAAAGGAAAGGAGUUUCUAAUGACCAGAAAUAUGGGACAAAGCUUAAAUUGAAAAAAGAUGACAAAGAGGUUGAAAAGAAGGAAGGGAAAAAAGAAGAACCACCAAAGGAGUCAAGAAUGUCAUCUUUUGGAAAGUUCAGCUGGAGGAAGACUGAAAGAGAUGAAAAAAAUCAAGGCAAAGAUGUAACUGUCUCUAAGGAGGAGAGUAUUGAGGAAAGUAAAGAUAAAGAAAGCAAGUCACAAUCUGGAAAACAAAAUUCAAAGCCAAUUGCAAUUAAAUUGUCUGGGAAAACUGUUAUCCCACACACUAGUCCCUGGACACCAGUUGUUUCAACAUCAUCACAAGCAAAAAUCAGGCCCAAUUUACCAGCCCCCAUGAUGGUUCUCAGAAAGUCUGCAACAGCAACAGUAAGCAAGCCUGCACCUUUGAAUACUUUCUUGUCUAUAAAAUCCUCUGGUGCUAGCACCAAGCCACUUCCUGUUGUAAAAGAGGGUAAUCCAGAACUUGUUCUGCCUCCUGAUAUUAUUUCAAAAGCAUUUGGGGGAGAAGUAGUAGUUUUAAAGAGUUCACAGGAGAAUGCAAUGGUACCAGAACAAACAGAGGAACCUGAACAUGAAGAUGUGUCCCGGGUUGUAGAACAUGCAAAAGCUGUGGAACAUGCAAAGGCAACUGCAGCAGUAGAGGAUCAAGCAAAUGUUAUGGCAAAAGUACAAGCAAAGGCACGGGAACUUGCUGCUGUGAUAAAGGAGCAAGUUACAAGAUUGGGCAUUUUUGAGAGACCUAAUCGGCAUCCUCUACAUCCACCACCACCAGGACCACCGCUGUCAGUAGCACUGCCAGUACCACCAGUAGUGGUAUUCCCACCUCCACCUGCAGUGCCACCAAAACAAGCAACCAUCCUUGCAGAUGACAUGGCUCCUGGUGUGUCUGAGGAUGAUAAAAACAUACUGGCAGUGCCCAUGUGCCCCCAUCCUUUGCCACCACCAACUAUUUUCAGCGACCAUGUUAAAAAACUGGAGAAAAAGAACUCUUGCCUAGCAGCAGGUAAUGCCAAAGAUCUAUACAAUAUUUUCUACAACUGCAGUGGGAGGAGUCCAGCUGAUAGCAAGUCUGUGAACUCUGCAACUUCAGAUAAAAUCAAAUCAAAUCCUGUUGAGAGACAGAAAAAAACAGACCUGCUGACAGAUCCCAAACCAAGCAGCAAGCCUGUCACACAAGAAACUCUACAAAACAUACACAGUACUUCAGGUGUUAGCAAAAUCCCUUUAAGUAACAAGACCCCAGAAACAGAUGAUGCUGAAGUUGAGAAACUUUUGGCAGCCUAUGAAGAAAACUUUAAAACUAAUGUUCAGAGGGAAUCAAAGAAAAUCUCUCUUUCAAAUGCACAGUCAAUAUUAAAAUAUGAAUCCAAUGAUUUUUCAGUAAAUGCCCCUGUUUCCCUUCAGAACAAAGUAGAAAUGGAAACUGCUGAUCCAAUUGAAUUUAGUAAGAAAUCACCAGACUUUGAGAAAACAGAGUUGGCAAUACAGAUACCUAAAAAGAGCCUUCUUUCUUUGGAUAACCUUACCAAGAAACCCACAGGCAUUGAGACAACAGAUUUUAAAUCUGAUGAUAAAGAAUUAGCAAUGCAGUUGUCAAUAGAUCAUGUUGCUCUUUUAGAAGAUGUUAGCAAUAAACCAUCUGAACUUGAAACAAUAGAAUUAGCUAUGCAGUUGCCAGAAAGCAAUGCUUCUCAUUUGGAAGAACUUUAUAAGAAUUCCUCAGUAUGUGAAGCAACAGAGGUUAAAUCUCAUGAUGAUGAUGAAUUAACAAUGCAAUUGUCACUGGAACCUGGUACUAAGCAUCCAUCGGAGCUGGGGACAGCAGAAUUUGUGCUGCAGUUGCCAGAAAGCAGUGUUCCUUCUUUGGAUGACUUUAGCAACAAACACACAGAUCUUGUGACAACAGAUUUUAAAUCUGAUGAUGAUAAAGAAUUGGCAAUGAAAUUGUCAGAAAACCAUGUUGAUCUCUUAGAAUCUGUUAGCAAGAAGCCAUCAGAGCCAGAGACUGCAGAAUUAGCCAUGCAGUUGCCAGAAAGCAAUGCUUCUCCUUUGGAAGAACUUCACAAGAAUCCAUCUGUGUGUGAGGAAGCAGUGUUUAAAUCUCUUGAUGAUAAAGAAUCAGCAAUGCAGUUGUCACAGGAACAUGAUAACAAUAAGUCAUCGGAACUGGAGACAGGAGAAUUUGCUAUGCAGUUGCCAGAGAACAGUGUUCCUCCUUUGGAUGAUCUUACCAAGAAAUCCACAGGCCUUAAGACAACAGACGUUAAAUCUGACGAUAAAGAACUAACAGUGCAGUUGUCAGAAAGUAGUGUUUUUCCUUUGGAUGAUUUUAGCAACAAACCUGCAGACCUUGAGACAACAGACUUUAAAUUUCCAGAUGAUAAGGAAUUAGGCUUACAUAUGUCAGAAGACCAUGUUGCUCUUUUAAAAGAGCAGGAUGUUAGCAAGAAACUAUCUGAAUUUAAGACAGCAGGAUUAGCCAUGCAGUUGCCAGAAAGCAAUACUACUUUGGAAGAAUUUUGUCAGAAUUCAUUGGAGUGCAGGACAGCAGAGUAUAAAUCUCCUGAUUAUAAAGAAUUAGCACUGCAAUUGUCAGAAGACCAGGAGGCUCUUCUAAAAGAUGUUAGCAAUAAUCCUCUGGGGCAUGAGAUGACAGAGUUUAAAUUUCCUGGUAAGAAAGAGCUAAUAAUGCAAAUGGCAGAAAAUGAGACUGACUUUACUGCUGAAGAUGUUGGUAUGGCAAGUGGCACAGACAUCAGUGAUGAGUCACAAGACCAGCAGAAAAUGGAUAAAUCCAAAUCAAACAAGAUCAGUAAAAGUUUGGAGAUGAAAGCAUAUUUGACAAGUUUAGGUGAGAGAGAUGUAGGAGGGGAACAUUCAGAAUUUGCAGGACAUCAGCUUGUUGUUAGUCAGGAACAUGAGUCUCGGUUAUUUGAUACCCCUAUGGGAGAAGGCCAUACUAUAACAGAAGAUAAGCAAGUUGUUGAAUCUGAAUCAACAAUUUCUAUGUGGGUUUCAGAGGUGCGUGUUCAGAGUCCGCUGGCAUGGGAGCCAGCCUCAUCUUCAAAAGUGAAUAAGGAAAAGCCUCAAAUAGCAAUGAUAGAUCAGAGUUCCAAUAAAGAACCAUUACUGGAUCUAAAACGGGGAAAUGUGGGCCUUGAUAGGCUUGAAUCAGCAAUCAGUGAUGAAAUUCCGCAGACUUCAGAGGUCCAGAAGAUAGAUCCUGGAUUGAAGCCUUUAAAUACAGAUGAAUUUAAUAAUUCCUGUAUAAAUAAUGAACAAAAAUUGUUGACUAGCUCUCAACCAAACGAUGGUGAAAAUUGUAAUGUAGUUGGUGCUCCAGUAUCAGAACAGAUGUCAAAUGAGUGCCUUGCUAACGUAACAAUGAUAAGCAGUACACUAGGGAAACAUGAAGAAAUUAGCCAACAUCCAUUAAGCUGUGAAACCAAGGAUUCCCAAGCUAAGGGAGCUGAAACUUUGGGCAGUAUGUCUUCUGCAAAUGAUGAACUUAGUUCCAGUGCAGAAUUAAUGUUUAUAAAAAAUAAUGGGUGUGGGUCUUCUGAAUCUGAUCUCAAUUUAAAUAACAAUGCAGAGAGAGGUUCUGUAGAAACAUAUAGCACUCACUUUUCCAGUGUUCAGCCAGAGAUGGUUCAAGAACCACUAGGUGCUCUUCCAACAGAAAUCAGUGUUGAGCAUCUUGGAGAGGUAGCCCUUACAUUCACAGACAUGAACACUGAGAUCUUGGAUACCUCAGCAGCUGAUGACUUGGACUUGAAUAGCACUUAUUCAGAACUUAACUUUGAUCAUUCUACAACCCCUUCUCCAAAGUCUGGAGAAAUAAAGCCUAAUGAUUCUCUUAGAUUGAAACCAAGCCUGGAAAUAGAAUCCAUAAAUUUUAGUCUAGGAGAUAUUGAGGUAGAACGUGAACAUCUCGGCAUCCUACCACCUGAAAUUCUGAAUGAGGAUAUUGUAGGGAGUCCAAAGUUAGAAACCAUUCCAUCCAUUUCUUUAGGGUCCAACGAAACUAGAGAAUUGGGCAUUGAGCAACCUACAGUUGAACCAGAAAUGAUUGCUUUUGUUGAGUUAGCAUCUGGUGACGAAGAAGAUAAAUUUUGCUCCUUGGUUUCUGAUGUAAUUGUCCCAGACAUAGUGUCUCCUGCAUCAAAUGGCAGCACUGCUGGACCAAGCAUGUCACUCAUCGAAAUGCAGGACAUGCCUCCAAUUUCCAUGGUAUUGCAAUCAGAUGUUAGCAGAGGCAGCACUUCUGAUAUACUACCAUUGAGUAGCGAUGAAAAAAAUGUACAAUGCCAAGCAACUGAGUGCAAGGAGUCCUUCCUUCUAGAUCUACAGAAAACAUCUGUAGAAGUGGGGGGCUCAGGUGACAACGAAUUGCACAUUGUCAAGAAUGAUAUGCAGGCAUCUGCAAGGGAGUUAAACAAGACAGAGGAAGUGGAAAAUAAUGAUAGUAUAUGUGAGAUUAACAGUAAGUUGACUUCAGAAGUAACUGAAAGCUCUGCAGAGUACCUGGUAAGUUCAGAUAAUAUUGAUACUGAUGUUUGAGUAGCUUUUGUGUAGAUUUUGUAAAUAUUCUGUUUGAGUUUGACAUGUUAGAUAUUUUGAAGCUUGCAGUAGAUAUUUGCGAAAGCCUGAACUUCAUUUGCCCUGAAAAAUAUACACCUUUGUACAUAUUGGAUUGUAUAAAAAUUUUUUUGUUGAACUUAGAACAUUUCAUUUCUAUUCCUUGCAGUUAAAAUGCAAUUACUCAUCUAUAACUGACCUUCACAUAUAAUACAAAAGCGUGGUUUAGCAUUAUCAGGAUGCAUAACAGUGAACCUUUAGCUUGCACACUUAAUUUUACCUCUCCUCUGGUGUGACUGUGAAGAAAUUGAACGUUGCAUUAAUCACAGUUUCACAUUAUGUCUGAAACACAAACUGUGGUUAAUCUUAAGCUUCAUAAAUAAACUAUGAUAUGAAGUUGGCUUGUUUCCACCAACCAUAGUUAGGACUAGCUGAAUUUUCUCUGGAUAUGGACAGCAAGACAAGCUAAGCUACAGUUGGUCUAAAAUGUAAGUGAAAAUUUCCAAACGCCAUGACUGUACUGGAGGAAAAGGGUAGCAAGUGAGCACAAGGCUUGCUGCAGAUUUUCCUUGUUUGGCAUUUUGUGGGAAUGCAGCCAGUGUGUAUGUGGGCAUUUGGAGGGUUUAUUGCUGUUGGGGGGAUAUAUGGGUUUGUUUGUUUUGCAUUUUUCUUUGACUAUUUUAAUGGUUUCUGAUUUACACAGCUUUUGUAAAUAACAUUCCAAGUGCAACAGUGACAAGCGCAAGAACACCUGUUCAGAACUUGAAGAAAAAAGAAGGCUCUUGCUGAAACAUUUGAAUAGAAAGUUUAUUUGAAAUGUUAUGCAUGUUUUGUUGCACAAAAUGUAAAAUCCAUAAAGAUUGUUCUGCAUUUUUGACUUGUAAUUACGUUGUUGAAUUGCAUCUGUAAUCCAGACUGUAAUGCCAUGUUACUGUAUGUGUGGAUAUCAUCUCGCUGAGCAAAGGAGAAAAAUCUACCAACUCACUUUUGGAGACGGAAACUAUUUGGUAAGGCUGUGGCCCAACAACUGGACUCUGCAUAUUGAGGUCACUUACUUGAUUUGAAAUCACAUUUCAUUUAAUUGUAUUGUAAUGCAGUAACUGUUUGUGUUGAAUUGUUUAGCAGCUGCCCAGCACAGAAGAAAUAGAAGAUCUCAACUUUGCUCUCAGGAUUGGAUUCACUUCACAUACCCAGACAUUACAUGCCUGAAUGAACCCCUGAGCCGCAAAAUACUGUUUUGUGAAGGUUUUUCACUUAUUCAGCUUGUCAAGAUAUGAAGUAAACGUUUGCAUGGAUCUAUAUAAAAGGUUUAUCUGUAAAUCUAAAAUAAACCCAAUAUGAUCAAAGAUAUUGCCGUUUUCCCGUUUGUUCUUUAAAUAAGUGGUUCUACAAGUUGUUGUUUUUUGUGAACAUUCAGACAACGGGUUCUUCAGUUAAUUUCCCAUUUUCACCACUCUGGAAAUUAAAUCGAGCCAUGAAUUAUGCAGCAUUAUGAGAAAACUUUGCUUAAAUAUUCAGCAAGUUAAACAUUGCGUGUAACUUGCGUUCUUUCAAUUUUAAAAGAAAAUAGUAUGGUAAAAAUGCUUUGAAAACUUCUGGUUUCUUUUCCAUUAUGUUUUAAAAGAUCCAGGCCCAGGAUCCACAAAUAAAGUUAGUGUUUGUAAAGUGGGAUAUGAGUGAACUGUUAAAAAACAGGAAAAGGGUUUAUGCUAAUUUAAAAUGCAGUUGAAUAAAUAAGUAUUUAUGGUGGAGAUACAAUUAACUUGUAUUAUCAGUUGUUCAGCCUACACUGUUGCACUAGCACUUCUAUGCUGACCCAGAACAUUACACAGGUACAAAAGUAGGAAUUGCUGCUAGCAACCACCAUUACCAAUAUCAGAAGCAAGAUAGCAUAAAGGAAGAGGUGGAAUUGUGGUUGCUUUGCCUGUCUUUAUCCAUAGGUUACUGACAACUCGGAAGCCAACUUUGCUGCUACAGUUCUAUAGACUGCUUGAUGAUACAGUAUAUAUAAACAGGAUUUCAGGUGGUGGGGCAGCACAAGACAUGAUACUUACUUUGCUUGUAAUAUCAACAGGUGCAGUAGAGGUCACACUGCUGUUGCAGCUGCACACAUCUCUGGAUUCGUGGUUUUGAUCAAAGAAGUAAGUUUAGUAAACAUUUUCUGCCUCUCAUAACUUAUUCCAGUGAAUCCAAUAAACUGGUUUCAUCUGAUAUUUCUUCCAAUUUUAUCCUUCCUUCAAGGAAUUAUAGGUACUCUUUUCUGUUCAUUUUAUAAUAAACAACAGUUUUUUGAGGUAUAUUGAGCUAAGAAAUAGUGACUGGAUUAAGGCUACCCAACGAGCUUCAGAGCUAAGGAGGUAUCUCUUCCACAGUGGUGUUAUCCAAUGUCUCCCAGAUGUUGGAUUACAGUUCCCAUAAUCCCUAACCAAAAGCCAUGCUUUCUGGGGCUGAUGGGAGUUUUAGUCCAACAGUGUCUGGAGGGUGUACCACAUUGGCUAUCCCUGUAUUACACCACAAUCUCUUGUUAUUUUCUUAUCCAUAUUGCCUACCAUGACUAUGCUUUUUCCCUCACAAACUUGGAUUGAAACUCCUACUACAUGUAUAAGAAAGCUCCAAAAGGGAGGGGAAAGAAUCUUUUUUUAUUCUAAAUGCCUUCAUUUUAUUGAUAGAAUUAUAGUUUAAAAAUGUAACAGGUAACUUAAUUGAUGUUAAUUCAUGUUGAGAGAAGUUAUUUUAGUUCAGACAGAAAUAUGUGAAAACUGCAUUACAGUAUAAAAUGAUACUGAAUAGCAAGAUAGUAAGAGUUUGCCUAUGCAUAUGAAUUGACAAUGUGGUGAAACGGAAACAAAUUGCAAUGACAAAGGAUUGCCCUUAUUAACAAAAAUUAACUAAUCACAGGGUCUGGGUGGCAUUCAUCUGGCAUUUCUUAAAAGAUUUCAAAUGUGAAAAUGCCGAUCUUUUAACAAAAAUAUAUUUCCUAAGAUCAGACACUCUCUGAGGACUAUAAAGUAGCCAAUUUUGGGGGGGGGGGCGGAGGGAAAUAACAGGCCAGUUAGCUUAAGAUCUGUUCUACGGUAGGAAAGUUGGUGGAAAGCAUUAUUAAAGAUAGAAUUGUGAGGUAUAUAAAAGUACAAAACCAGCAUGAUUUCUGCAAGGGUAAGUCCUGUCUCAACUUUCUAGAGUUCUCUGAGAGUGUCAACAAGCAUAUCGGUUGAGGUGACCCAGUUGAUACUUCUAAAAAGCUUUUGAUAAAGUAUCUCACCAAAGACUCCCAAGUAAGCUUAACAGACACGAAAUGAGAGGUCCUCUUAUGGAUCAGGAAUUUGUUAAGUAGCAAGAAGCACAGAGUAAGAAUAAAUGAACCGUUCUCCCAAUGGAGGACUCCCAAGGAUCAGUAUGGGACCUGUACUUCUUUAUUCAUUAAUAUUCAUUAAUUAUCUAGAGUUUGGGUUGAGCAGGGAGGUAGCAAAGUUUGCUGCUGAUAGCAAAUUGUUCAAUGUGGAUAAAAGGAAUUGCAGGCAGUUCCAAAAGGAUCUCCAAACUGGGUGAAUGGGCAGUAAAAUGGCAAAUGCAAUUCAAAGUAAGGUGCAGAGACAUCCUACUUUUAAGUGUUCUAUAUGCUAAUGGGACCUGAAUUUUCAGUGACAGGCCAGGAAUAUGAGACUGCGGGUCAUAGAGGAUAAGUGUGGACCAAAUGGCAAAAGUGAUGUCCACGUUCAGGAUCUUUAAAACUGCCAAUAAAAUGUUAUACAUAGCUGGUGAUACCACACUUGAAAUACUGUGUGCAGUUUUGGUCACCUCAAGCUGGAAAAGGUUCAGAAAAAGGCAACCAAAUUGGAUCAAGGGACUGGAACAACUGCAUGAGGAAAGGUUAACAACAUUCAGGGCUCUUUAUUUUAGAAGAGAGGUGAGUACACUUGAUCUUAUCCAAAAGGCCAAGAAGUGAUGAUAAGGAUGUAUAGAAUGAUGUAUGGUAGGAAGAAAAACUCCAUUCUAGAAUUUCAACCAUCAGAGUGAAGCUGAAUGCUGUAAGUUUCAGGACAAACUUUUUCUGGUCCUAGAAAAAGGGAUAGAAAUGGUGUAGUAUACAGGACGGCUGGUUGUGUACAGGUGUAGUGACACAUGUUGAUUUCUCUUGUCAAAUACAAUUUAAUUUUCUUGUAAGCACUAGAAAAUAUAUCUGUGGUCACCAGCUACCUUAGUAAACAAAGAUCACUGAGGUAGUUUUCUGUAACUUGAAUGAAGGUUAAUGUUUAAAGUUUAUGCAAGCUGAAUUAAGUUCUAGGAAUUCAGAAUAAAUUGUUUCAGGUUAUUAACAUGUGCAUGCAUCUACAGUGUUGUCUUUUUUGUUACGGAUUUGGGAUUCUUCCUGUUAGUUGGGGAGACAAUGGCAUAGUUGCAUUGAGGCAUAUAAGUAGCCUCUUGAAUACUGUGGGUAUAGUUCUCUGGCACAUUUCUUAUUCUCAUCUGAAUAAGAGGAUUCUCAUAGAAUGUGACUGCAUAAUACAUGUGCAUUAGUGUGUUGCUACAUUUGAUUUAAGUCAGGGGUAGGCAACCUAAGCCCCGGGGGCUAGAUGCGGCCCAAUCGCCUUCUCAAUCUGGCCCACGGACGGUCCGGGAAUCAGCGUGUUUUUACAUAAGUAGAAUGUGUCUUUUUAUUUAAAAUGCAUCUAGGUUAUUUGUGGGGGCUGUCUGGUGUUGUUACAUGAGUAGAAUAUGUGCUUUUAUUUAAAAUGCAUCUCUGGGUUAUUUGUGGGGCAUAGGAAUUCAUUCAUCCCCCCCCAAAAAAAUAGUCCGGCCCACCACAUGGUCUGAGGGACAGUGGACCGGCCCACAGCUGAAAAAGGUUGCUGACCCCUGAUUUAAGUGGUCAUAUGCCACUUUACUAACGCCAAGCAUUUGCUUAGAUUUGAGACUUAAAUUUUAAAUACUUGGGGGCAAAUAAAUAUUGGUAUGGAUACAUUUCAGGGCACUUAGGUGAAAUCUACACAAAUAUUAAAAUUCUGAAAAUGCUUUUUUUUUAAAAAAAUUUAAUACAUUGAAUUUUCCAUAAGGCUCACUAUCGCUAUCUAAUGUCACAUUGUAUAUUGCACUUAAAACACACUUAAUAUGUUUUAUUUGCAGCUAUAUAGCUGAGUCCUUAGAUUAAAAAGUACAGGUAGUUAAAGUGCAAAUAAGCUAUUUUAAUUCAUUUUUUUCAGUGAGUCUUAUGGCUAACGUUGGAUAGCAGUCGAAUUCUUUCUAGACAAGGAGUUGUUUAUCACAUUAGAGUGAUUUAGACUUGUGUACACACACCAUUUCAAGUAUCCUGGGAACUGUAGUUUGCACCUCAUGGAGCUACAAUUCCCAGCACUCUUAUCAAACUAUUCUUCAGGUGUGUGCUUUAAAUGUAUGGUACAUAUGCAGUCAGUGAUUUGUGUCACAUCCUGAUGUUUCGCAACUUGUUGAAUCAUUCCUGGGAUCUUGCCCGUUAGCUGCUGAAUUAGUGUGUCUUCCCGUCUCUCACUGCUCUAAUUGCAGGGGAGCCUGUUGGUUACUGCAUGGAGAUCCAAUGUAGUGCUUUCCAGGUGUUUUGAACUGUAGCUCUCAGCCAGCAUGGCCUGUACUUAGGAGUGAUGGUAGUUGUAAACACCAUUUGGAGGGCACUGCAUUGACUACCCCUUGAUUAGUGUCUCUUGAGAGCACUUAAAGAACAACACAUUCUUCCUCCUGCUGGUGUCUGACAUUUACAUUUACAGUUUUAAAAGUUAGGGGCGGGGAUUGCAUUCUUCCAUGGAUAGGGAUUUUGCAUCUCCACCCUCACUGCAACUUAAAA